GCAAGAGAAGAUACUGGUACUCAAGAAACUUUCACUCUGCAAUGUCUCCCAAUUCAACAACAAUGUCUUUGAAUGUUACCUCUGGUAGACCACUGUUUUACAUUAAUGGGUUUUCUAAUAUGUUGUACGCAAACUAUUAUUUCAUGUUCUUGUCGGUUGUUUAUGUUUUAACAAUAUUAGCCAAUGCAUUUAUAAUGAUAAUAAUAUGCAUAGAACGAAGUUUACAUAACCCCAAAUAUGUUGCUGUUUUUCAUUUAGCUGUAGUUGAUACCUGUUGUAGUACAGUUGUAAUCCCAUUUCUAAUUCACACAUUCAUUUUCAGCUCCCAGUUUAUUGUGUUCGAGGCCUGCCUAGCUAAUAUGUUUUUUGUGCAUUUUUUUAAUGGAUUGCAGUCAGUUUCCCUUGUGCUGUUGGCAUAUGACAGAGUAAUUGCCAUAUGUUUCCCAUUGCAUUAUCAUACAGUUAAUACAAAUAUUACAAUGAUUAUAAUUAUAGUUGUAGUUUGGGUAUUUUUCUCAGUUAUGUUUCUUGUCAUGGUUCUUUUAAUUACGCGACUGUCCUUCUGUAAAUCUACAGUGAUUGACAGUUAUUUUUGUGAUCAUGGACCUGUUUACAAACUGGCCUGUAAUGACACAUCAGUCAAUUAUAUUUUUGCUGUAUUCUUGAUUUCAUUAUUUUUAAUUUUACCAAUGCUCAUCAUUGUAUUGUCAUAUGCAUGCAUUUUAUUUCAACUUUUUAAAAUGACAUCUACAGAGGGUAGAAGAAAAGCUCUGAAAACAUGUACCUCCCAUUUAAUUUUGGUAGCAAUAUUGUUCAUACCAAUAUUAGUUACGUAUAUAGCAGCAAUUGUCUCUGCUAUUCAUCCCAAUGCUAGAAUCUUAAAUAACUCACUGUCUGCUACCAUUCCACCCCUGUUGAACCCCAUCAUUUACACUCUGAAAACUGAGGAAAUAAUGGAAGCGAUUAAAAAGGUGUUAAAAAGAAAUAAAAUUUUCCAGGUAAAAAGUUGA